GUGGACACGAAGCCGACUAUUUCGAACGAAAUCCUUCCAUUCUAUGACGGCGGAGAUAUGGGUGUUUAUAUAAGUCUCGAGCGUCUCCCGGUUCUUCGAAUACUGAAAGUCCAGACAAAGUGCAUGGUACUUGUGUGAUCAAACAGAACGACUCGGCACAUUCUCCAGACACCGCGAAGUAAGACAAGUCAAAGUUGUGAAACACCAGUAUCCAACGGCAAACAACACUGUGUACCAGACCUUCGAAGACAAGAAGCAACAAUGGCGUCACACAAAUACACCACAAGACUAGCCGGCACAUCCGUCCUCAUCGUCGGCGGCACCUCAGGCCUGGGCUUUGGCGUGGCCGAAGCCCUCGUCGAGCACGGCGCAUCCAACCUAUACCUCUCAUCCUCCCGCGAAGCCAAAGUCAACGCCAGCAUCGACCGUCUCAAGAAAUCCUACCCGGACGCAAAGACCAACAUCGUCGGCCUGGCCUGCGACCUGGGCACCGAAGAGACCCUCGAAUCCAACAUCAAGGAUCUCUUCAACAAAAUCGACACCAAGCUAGACCACAUCGUCUUCACGGCCGGCGAUCCACUGGGCAUGAAACCCCUAGCGGACGUGGACUUAGCAUUCUUCAAGAAAUGCGGCAUGGUCCGCUUCUUCGCACCGUUCUUCGUCACCAAGUACGGCGCCUCGCACCUGAAUCCGGGUGUGAACAGUAGUAUUACCAUCACCACGGGUGCGGUCGCAGAACAUCCUAACAACAACUGGACGACCGUGGCGUCGUAUGCGGCUGGACUGCAGGGUAUGACGAGAAACCUCGCGUUGGAGUUGAAGCCUAUCCGCGUGAAUUUGAUCCAGCCUGGUGCUGUUGAGACGGAAUUGUGGGAUGGCGCUUUCGAAAAUGAGGAGGAUAAAGCGAAGGCCCUGAAGGCGUUUGGGGACAAGAUGGCGACGGGGCAGGUGGGACAGGUUGAGGACGUGACGGAGAGUUAUCUUUAUGCUAUGAAGGAUCGAAAUGUUACUGGGACGGUGAUUAGGACUGAUGGUGGGAGUUUUGUUAUGUGAGCGACCGCCCUAAGGUGGUCUGGGGGAUCAAGGAGAUGAGAGCGUGGGUAGACAUAUACGGGCUAGCAAGAUGAUGGACCGGAGAU